AUGUAUACAUUCGUUAGCAUUUCCAUAACCUGGCUUGCAAUCUCGACCAUUGGGCAAGCACAGGUGCCUGGCACAGACGGGCCGAUUGUCGAGGAUUGUGGGUUCAAUGGUCUUGUCGCCUGCGUCAACAGAUAUGCUGCUGUCUUACCAUACCAGUUCAACCGGUCUAUCACAUCUCUGGCUGCAGAUUAUGACUUUCGGGACACAAAUGUCUCUAGCGAUGCCUCAUUUGGGCGUCUAAAAGAGGCACGUUUCGCGGUGUUCGAAAAAGAGCGUGGCCUGGACUACCUGGGUUCAAAUCCUACUUGGGAAUUCAUGUUCAAGGUUGCCAACUCAGUUCACGAAGCGCCCGUCUACGAUCCACACAGUAACCUGCUGUACAUGUCAGAACUGCCUCCUGUUGGCGGGAAUCCACUUGACUAUGUCUCGCAGCUUGUUGUUAAUCUGAACCAAGAUCCUCCGACCAUCGAGAGAUUCACUCCAAAUCCACCUGUCGUGGCACCUAACGGUGGCACCUUCCACAAUGGCCAGAUCAUCUGGUCAGCAAGUGCGUCUUUCGACACUGGGAAUGGGACCAAUCAAAGGAUCUCCUUGCAUGCCAUCGACCCAUCUACAAAUGAAUCAUCUGUUCUUCUGAAUAACUACUUCGGCUAUUACUUCAACAACCUCGACGAUGUCGCUGUACACCCCUCAUCCGGCGAAAUCUUCUUCACUGAUCCCGAUUACCCCUGGUUCAAUGGGCGAAGUGAUACAGCACCCCAGCUCCCAACGGCCAGCUAUCGGUUUAAUCCGAAGACCGGCGCUGUGGUCGUUAUCGAUGAUACUCUCGAGCAACCCAAUGGCAUCGCCUUCGAUGCAGCAGGCGAAACCUUGUACAUCACCGAAACUGGUGCGUUAACAGGAAGCAUUGACCCAGCGGUCGGUCCAGGGACAAAACACUACAACACAACAGGCAAGCGAUCCAUUUACGCAUUUGACGUUACCAACAACGGGACCAAAAUCGCCAACAAGCGUUCCUUCUACCUCGCGCAGGACUAUAUCCCCGAUGGAUUGAAGGUCAGCCGUGAAGGGCUCAUCUUGACCGCUGGGGGGAAAGGAUUAGACGUUAUCGAUGACACAGGGAAACUUCUCAUUCGCGUUCAGGCGAACCACUCGGUCUCGAACUUUGCUUUUACAGGCCCAGAGCUGAAUACUGUUUGGUUGUUGGGGGCCAAUGGCAUUAGUAGAGUCCAAUGGAACAUCACUGGCCAGGUCUUGGAAUGA